UGAAACGAAGAAUCUUCUAGUUACAAGGUUUUAUUUCAAGAAAACAUAAACUAUACAAAAGUCCGUUGACAAAUUAAAAGAGUACUAUAAAAUUAAAUUAAAAAUUGAUUUAAAAUACAAAAAAAAUAACGAAAAAAGUUAUUAUUAUCAUGAAUAUGAACCAUUUCAAUUUUGGUUUGCAAAUACUUUUGUAGUCAUUUUGAUUUAAUUGAAAUGGUUCAAAAAAUAAAAUAUUAUAUUGAAUUAAUCUCGACGAAUAAAUAAAAAUGGGUUAUUAUGAUUUCAAACAAGCCGCUAUGGUGAAAUCGGUAGACACGCUGCUCUUAGGAAGCAGUGCGAGAGCAUCUCGGUUCGAGUCCGAGUGGCGGCAUGACAUUGUUGAAAUUCUUAAAAAAUUUCAACAGUCCUAUAACCUAUAAUAAAUAAUGAAAAUGCAUUUUUUUUUUUAAUUUUAUAUUAUGAUUUUUUCCACUUUAGAGCAUAUUUUAACUCAUAUUUCCUUUUCAACGGUUUCCGUUGUAAUUAUACUCCAUUUGAUCACUUUAUUAGUCAAUGAAAAAGUAGGACUAUAUAAUUCAUUCGAAAACGGCAUGAUAGUUACUUUUUUCUGUCUAACAGGAUUAUUAAUUACUCGUUGGGUUUAUUGGAAACAUUUACCAUUAGGUGAUCUAUAUGAAUCAUUAAUCUUCCUUUCCUGGAGUUUCUACCUUAGUCAUUUGAUUCCAUAUUUUUUAAAAAAAGAUAAAAAUUCGUUAAGUGCAAUAACUGCGCCAAGUGCUAUUUUGACUCAAGGAUUUGCUACGUCGGGCUUUUUAACAGAAAUGCAUCAAUCCGCAAUAUUAGUACCCGCUCUCCAAUCUCAAUGGUUAAUGAUGCAUGUAAGUAUGAUGGUAUUAGGUUAUGCAGCUCUUUUAUGUGGAUCAUUAUUAUCAGUAACACUUCUAACGAUUACAUUUCAAAAAUAUAUUUUUGAUAAACGAAAAUAUGUAUUAAAUAAGUCAUUUUUCUUCGCUGAGAUUCAAUACAUGAAUGAAAAAACCAAUAGUGUCCAAAACACUUCGCCCUUUUAUGUUCGAAAUUAUUACAGAUCCCAAUUGAUUGAACAGCUGGAUCAUUGGAGUUAUCGUGUUAUUAGUCUAGGCUUUAUCUUUUUAACUAUGGGUAUUCUUUCAGGAGCAGUAUGGGCCAAUGAGGCGUGGGGAUCGUAUUGGAAUUGGGACCCCAAAGAAACUUGGGCAUUUAUCACUUGGACCGUAUUUGCAAUUUAUUUACAUAUCCGAACAAAUCGAAAUUUUCGGAGUGCAAGUUCUGCAAUUGUGGCGUUUAUAGGUUUUCUUAUAAUUUGGAUAUGCUAUUUUGGGGUCAAUCUAUUAGGAAUAGGGCUACAUAGUUAUGGUUCAUUUCCAUUAACGCUUAAUUAAAUGGA